GACGCGCGUCGUAUUGACGUUAGUGUGCGUGUCCGCCAUCUCGCCCGUCGUUAUCACCGAUCCAACGGUUUUAAUAGUGUUGUUGAUUACACGGAUUUCUAGAACCGCUGGAAUCCGUCGGAUCGCGUUUGUGCCGUUUCGCCCGACCGGAAAAGAUAAAAUUCGGUAUUUUUUUUUUUUGUCAUCACUUUUUUAAUCGUUUAUUAAUAAGAACGCGGUCGUGCCGCCGUCCGUCCGCCCGCCCGCCCGCCAAAGUAUUUAACGGCGUUAAGUUUUUUUGACAACGUGUCCCCGAGACUCGCGGCGACGACGCAGGCGGUUGUUAUGCUGUGCGACGACCGGCCAUGAGUUCGCCAAAGUCGUCGGAUAGAAAAUCGUCAAACAGGAAACCGUCGUUUUCGCACCAGCAGCGGUCGUCCAACGAGGACAUCUACCAGCCGGACGAGUACGACACGCCGGUAAGCGGACAGACGAAUGCCGACACACAUAAUAUUAUUAUUGUAAUAACCUGGUCGGGGUGGUUUCGUAAUGUGCGCCCGGAGAACUCGCACCCGCACCCGGUGCGCCCACGUACCCGUAACAAUUGUACACCGUCGGGGACGUUGAUUAAUUCCGUUCUCGUCGGCGUCAAAGACCUUUGCGAAAAACCACGCCAGGGGGAACCCGGCGCGUCGCGACCAGCGCCCCCGGCGGCCCGUCGCGAAACGUCUAUAUUUAACUUCCGCAGCGUGGAUUACCGGGUUCGGACCGCUCGUCCGCCAGCCGCGGACCGUUGUGUUAUUACGCACAUGGUGUCCGGGAGCGUACCGUCGGGUGUUUAAAAAACGCACUUUGCCGUUUCGCCCGCGUAUCGAUUUCGAAAUUCGCCGCCCCAGCCCCGGCCGUGUCGCCGCUCCCCGUAUGCAAUUGUACGUCGUCGUAAUACAGACACUACUUGCAGUGCACGCCGGUAUAACCCGACUUUUUUUUUCUUUUUUUUUUCCUUCCGGGCGGACGGCCGAUGUUGAGUUAUCGUUCUCCCCGUAUCGCGUUUCCUCGGGACGUUUUCGUGUUGUACGACACAAUAUCGCGUUAUUGACACGGUAUACCGAGACACCGUCAAUACGAUUCGCCGAAUUCCGCGGCCGCGUCGAUUACACGAGAAUUUUGAAACGUACGCGUAGUUUUUGUUUUCUCUCUCUCUCUCUCUCUCUCUCUCUCUCUCCCCGACGAGUUUUAGCCGUAAGCGUUCAACAGUCGCGGGCGUGCGAAAACGCGUUUUCACGUGAAUUUUCCGACCGAACGUACUGCCGCGUUAGGUUUUCGCGCAUAAGCGUGUCGAACGUUUUACGAAAUACGCGACGGUAACUAUAGCCGCCGUACCUACCCGUGUCCACCCACGUCGACCGUCGACACGAAAUAAUAUCGGCGAAUCGGUUGAAUCUGUUACGUUUAUAUUUUUAACGCUCUGUAUGUAGGUAGGUAUACGCUGAAAGUCGAUGGUUGGUGAGUAUUGGUUUUGUGUUUACCUACCUAUAAUGUUAUUGGGCGUGCGGUCGUGUCAGUCCCUGCCGUAGUUGCUGUUACGCACUCGUAUAUCGUCGCAACACCCAAUAUAAUGAUAUGUACAGCCUGUUGUAUUCGCCGUUUUUUUUUUUUUUUUUUUUAUCAUUUCAUUUCAAUAUUCUAUCCGGCCGAAAACAAACACGAUAAUAUUAUACCUGCCUACCGUUGUUAAAAAUCGUUAAAUAAAUAAGAAAACACGAGUUCUGUACAGUUUGCACCCCACUUCCUAAUAAGUAGUAGUAACAGCAUUCCGUUGCGUAUUAUUGUGUUCUAUUUAGUUUACGUCCUUACACUGCUGUAGUUCUGUGGGCGCUGUGACGAAAUUCCCACAGAAUUAACCGAAACAAAUAUACAAAUACGAAUGGGUUAAGUUGCAUCUGCGGUUUUAAAUUGUAGCGGAUUUUUGUUUUAAUCCGGAGUUUUAACCGAGUUUUCACCCGGGCAAAGUACAAACAAACGAAAAAUAUCAUUUUAUCUCAUAAUUCUGUCGUCGGAUAGAUAAUGUACAUAUUGUAUUUUAUUAUUUUCUCCCAAAACUGUGUGUUUAUUUUUUUAUAAUUUCAUUAUGGUUAUUGAUUAGGUACUGAAAAUAGUACGAAUAACGUGACCGUAAAUUAUAGUAUCGUUCAUAGUUCUUAUCAACGAUGCAGCCGUGCAGUGAAAGCUAAUGAAAACAAUUAUAGUAUUAUUAUCGUAACAAUUAUAAGUUAACUCGACUAUUGAUGAUUAGGUAUAGUGAAAUAUACAAAACAAAUUUCGAUUAAAAGUCUGGUUAAAAUUUAACCGAAAAUCAAUUCAAUUUGUUAAGUUGAAAGCUAAAUGAACUCGAGCUAUGAUCGACCGGUUAAUUUUAAACUCGAAAAUGAUCAAUUCCUGUUUACUGUUUAGUGACAGUUGGGAAUCGUAUAAAUUCCCGAAUCGGAGUAAUCGAGUAAAACCAUAAAUAUAUAAUUAUAUCGAUCGCGGUAAAACCGAUUAUAUGUGAAUGCAUGUUCGAAUUUCAAAAAAAAAAAAAAAACCAACUCAAUCGUUCAUCUUCAACCCACAUUUUAACUAGACUGCGGGAUAUUUAUGGAAAUUUGUUUAAUGAAAACUUAAUGAUUAAAUGAGUUGAAUAAAAAAAAAAAUCAUCUCGAAUAUUAAUGAGAACUUCAAAAAAUGACCUCUCUAAAUUACCCAGAGAACAUUUCCUUUCAGAAAAGAUGCUAUACUUGAUGGUCGGAGUAUGUGUUUUGGUAGAAAAAGAGUUCACAUAAAAAAUAAAUAAACAUUGUAAAACCAAUACAUUCGUCAUUUCUCGUUUCACUCAGAAUCUAAAAGAAUGACGUUCCAUAUGCACUAAGUAUAUCAUAAAUUUUACACAAAAUUUCCUAUAAAGUUUUUGAUUGGAGCAAGAUUUGUGGUAAAAAAGUCGUUUACAGAAAAAAAAAAACAACACAUUUUAGUGAAACCCGAGGUAAAACCAAUUCCAUGGUUCACACAGAAUCUGUAUACUUUCGAAAUAAUAAUAAACUUACCUAAUGUUGAAUACGAUUUUUAACCUAUAAAUAUGUCAAUCACCGUCGGGUUUAUAGGCUGCUAUGUACGAUCGGGGUACCCGUUUCGGUCCAUUUUCGAAAAUCCACCGUAAUAAUAUUUAUUAUCGAGAUGUUAGGAUUAACUGUAGAGUUCGAGAUUGUAUGUACUUGAAAUCUACAAAAAAUCUAUCAAAAACGUCAAACAAGCCUUGAAAACGCACUUAAAACAACACAAAAAUGGUAGUAUGUUUUUAAAAGCCCCCCCCCCCUCUAACGGCUCUUAAUUUAUAAAACACAAUUUUCGAACAUUACUACAAAAAUGAUUAACACAAGUAUUUAAAUUAUAAGUAUUAUAUAUAAAAAAAAAUUAUGUUAAUCGUUUUGUAGUAUUAGACAAUUGCAUUUAAUGGUAAGUGCCGAUACGAGGGGGAGGGGUGAGAGUUUUAAACUACUCUGAAUCCUCUGUCACUUUUGAUUUAAAUAAAAAAUUGUCAGGGCUCUUUUGGCAUUUUCAAGCGGUUUUCUGUGGAUUUUAAACGCACAAAGUCUCGAGUCCUAGUUAUCAGGCGUCUAUACUCGUAUGUUUCACCCUCCCCCCACUCCACCACUCGCCCCUUACUCACUCAUUUUUCACCGGCUACAACGGAGCACUUCGUCCUAUAAAAAUUCAAUUCGCGAAAAGAUUCAAUUGAAAACGAAACGAUACAUUUUGGUCUUCGUUUAUGUUAUUCGUAGUCUGAUUAUUUUCGCCGUCGUCGUGUAAUUUUCGUGGUCAGAGCGCACGAAACUGCGAAGUGUGCGGAUUAAUAAUUUAUUAUUGAACCCGUAGACACUCCAACGGUCAUUAAUCAUAACAACAAUAAUAACAUUAUUUACACGCAUAAAUAAACCAGCGGCAGGUACCCAUAUUCCCGAACAGUGUUAUUUUGAUUGCGUAAUAUGCCGGCAAGACCGUGGAAAUUCGAAACACCCGUGCACUCGAAAGUAACGUCUACGGUUAUCGCGCGCACAAACUGAUACGAUAAUUCGGUACAAAGUCGCAUAACUGCAACGGUUUCUCCCGACGUUUAUUUUCGCGCUUGUUUUUGUUGUAUUUGUUUUUUCCGCUCCAUCUGUUACUUCGCGGACUUUGCGGCGUUUUCGAGCCGCUUUUUAUUCCGCGCGGGAAGGUCAAAUUUUUAUUUGCCGCCGUCAACAAUUUGACUUUGGUACGCCGCCGUCAUGCCGUUCCGAGCCGCCGUUUGUGACGUAUGCGCGAAACGAGAAAUGCAUUGAUUUUCAAUGUGAUUUGUUAUUUGUGUUUUUUUUUUUGUUUUAUUUUUGUUUCUACAAUCGAUUUUCUACCAGAAAGCUUACCCCGACAUAUACGAUGCAGACCCUUUUCAAAUGUGAAACACCGGGAAAAAACACGGAAAACCCGGGAAAAACAUGGUUUAUCGUUGUUUACAGAUACAAAUUAAUUUCCCCUAUAUACCCUACCGUCUCAACUUCUCGCCAAAAAAAUUGGCUGAACCCAUCGUGCGAAUUUUUUUUAACCUUGUCGGUGCCAUAGUUUCCUUAAUAAAUGAGAGAAACUGGCAAUUUAUCGUACAAUUCCCGUCGAUUUCCGAGUCACCUUGGCUACAAUCGAAAAAAUACGACUAAUAACACUCCGCUCAGAAUCGGUUUUCGUUAACAAAAUGGUUUAUCGUUGCGUACAGAUAUAAUAGUUAAAUUGUUCCCUCCCUUCCCAGCAGUGGUAUCACUAUAUUUUUAUCUCUCGAAUACCAUUCCUUCACGCAGGGAUAUCGAUUUAUUUAGUGCACCUAUAUCAAUAUUAUAAUAUUAUACUCUCGACCCCGUCACCGUAUACGAUUGGAGUUCUCGGUUUGCAUAAUAUUAUAUAAGGAGGGUGACUUUGGCCGCAACAUUCACGGUUUCCUGCACCGAAUCCAUUUAUUAUAAGAGAGGGGUUACGAGCACCGUACACACAGUGACUCAUCGACAAGGCUCGUAGACAGACGUUAUUGUUAAAAUAUGUUACGACCGUAUCAAAAAAGCAGUAAUAAUAUAUUACGAUAAUGAUGCGGGGUAGAUUAUACCUAUAGUCUGCGUUUAAUUUCCACGACGCAUAUUCUGUUACAAGUUUUUCGGUUAGUAAAAAUCCUCCGAAAUCACCGAACCUACCGCGUACAUUAAAAGUUGCCGAUUUUCCGUCCGUUGCUGCGACUUUGUUUGAUAUACGGUUUUCUAAAUACAUUUUUCCAGAAUAUAUAUCACCGUUUACAAAUGUCCGCGAUACACCGGUUUUGGACACAAUCCAGAGACGUGAAAUUUGUUGGAUCUAUACAGACGGACGUAUUGUCUUCAUCAACACUCAAAUUAUUUUUGAAAUUUUGCUUUUUUUUUAUAGUUCAUAACGGUUUAAUGUUUUGUAGUAAUUUUAUUUUUGAUUUUUUCCCUUGCCAUAGAUAUCAUUUAUUAUAUAUAUAUAUAUAUAUAUAUAUAUCUAUAUUAUGCAAGUGAAAUAUUGAUUACUAAAUUAUAUUUAAAUGUUUGGCAGUUUAUCGUUCUUUUCGUAUUCUGUUUUACGUUUAUCCCCGUAACACGUUGAAUUCCAAUGUUUCUUUGCCGGCGUUCGCGAUGAAACAAAACGUUUGAAAUGAAUUCCGCCGACCGAAUAAUAAUAAUUAUUAUAUUGUUGUCACGAUAAUAAUAAUAGUAAUCACAUCCUUUGCUUCCCCGUCCGUUAAUAAUCAUUAUUGUACGAUGACUAAUAAUCUGACACGUGCCGCUGUGUAUACGUUACGAUGAGGCGGUAAUAUUAUAUCAAAACACAAUACAAUUGAUAUCCGAGAAGAGAGUUUUUUUCACGUAGAUAGCACGCCGUGUACAAUAAUAAUUGGAUUGUGGUUUCGUAUUUGUGAUUUAUCACACUGGUUUUUUUUUAAACACAGUACUUGAUCAAUACUAAAAGUCAAUUCAAUUAUUGACACGAAUCCAAUGAUUUUCUACUAUAUGUUAAGCUUUCUUCUACCACGCUCAAGUAUGGGUUACUCUUAGAGGCCCCAGGUUUUGAAAAUGUCAUGUGGGGCACACUAUUUUAUAAACACAUGUAUGGUUUUACUUAAAUCUUACCAUACAUUUCCUAUUUUUAUUUAACUUAAAUUGUUCGUUAAACAAUUGCUAAAAUAUAGUUAUUUGUUGUUUUGUAUAUUAUAGUAUUUAUUAUUAGUAUUAGUAUCAAGAAAAAUCAUAAAGCAAAAAUUAAAAAAUGCCUGACAUCAGACUCCAUUUAACCAAGAACCAUAUGAGAACUGUUGGAGACUGAGCUUCAUCUUAUCAAGCUCAUGAGGAGCUGCAGCCCCAAAGCCCCCUGUAGACGGCGCCCCUGGCUACUCUUAUUCUCCACCUACCAUAAUAUUCCUUCCGGUACCCGUCAUUAUUUCUUCGUCUACUACUCCGUCGCGUGCCCUCAUAUCUCAUAUACUAAUAAUAAUAAUCCCCCCCCUCUCUAGUGUAAUUCAUAAUAAUUCGAUUCCAUCGCGUAGCGGACGAUACCAAUAUAAUUGGUCUUCUCCGAUUUUCUAAAAAACUGUCUCUUUUCUCUCUGUCGAGUGUCCGUCAACAUUUUUUAAAUUGUUUACUGUAUUUAAAGCGUUCAUGAAAAGGACAAUGUUUUCAACAUUUGGACGCCAGAUAAAAAAAAAAAAAGAAAAACCUGCGUUGUACCUACGAUCACAACGAACGGUUUAAUUACCGAUUGUAUUUUUUAUUAUUAUUUUUUUUUUUUUGCGACUACUGCGAUGUUCCGCGGCAGACGCGCCAGUUCAUUAAAAACAAAAAAAUAUAAAAUAAACACUUGUCGCUGUAAUAUAAUUAAUAUACAGUACUAACCAUGAUACGCGCAGUAAAAAUGCAUUUUACCUUGCGUACUGCUUUAUUGUAUUCAACAGAUCGGAUAUUCUCACGCUAUUCUUAAUUAAGCACACCGAAAAUCUUGAACUGUCAUUUCCGCGGUUCACAACCGUUCGAAUUUCAAUGGCGUUUCCUACAUAUUAUUUGUGUUUGUCGAAACAUUUUUUUUGAUAUUAUUUUUCUCUUGUCAAAUGUCUUUAAUUUACAAUACUGCGUAAUGGGCCGCCGAAUCGUGUUUUAGGUUUUUUUUUUUUUUUUUUUUNUUUUCUCUUGUCAAAUGUCUUUAAUUUACAAUACUGCGUAAUGGGCUGCCGAAUCGUGUUUUAGGUUUUUCUUUUUUUUUUUUGAGGCUUCGACUUGUCGGCACAACCAAUCGUCUGAGUGGGUGAGCUAAUAUGUUCAUUGAGUUAUCUAUAGUUGUGUCUGGUCGGUCACGGGUCGUCCUAAUUCCUGUUUUUCCAUUCAUUCCCCCCCCCCAUAAGAUUUAAAAUAAAUACAUAUUGGGUUGUAUGUAACGUGUCCAAAAAAAAUGUAUUCUACUCGUUCCAAUCAUUUUGUCGGCUUGUCUUGGCUCUUGGACCUACCAUAUUUAUCACUUGUAUACAUUAGUUUUCCUUCCCGUCCGUCCAGCUUAUCUUCUUAAUCCUUCGCCGUGGCCAAUACUUCUAUUAUCCUUGUACCAUUGUUUUAUCGAUUUUUUUUUUAAAUUUUUAAUACACUGUUUGGGUCAAAUAUUAAUUUCAUAACGGACCCGUGGACAGCUGUAGUUCUUAAAAUUUUAGGUAUUAUUCGGCUCUAUUCGGUUUCUAGCCGAUAACGUGUAGCUAUUUUAAUUAAAACGGUCCGACGAACACAUAUUAUUAUUAUUAUUAUUAUUGUCUUUCGUCGGCGGGCUUAUAACCAGGAACGUUAAUUACAUCGCGAAAAUAUUAUAAAUUACAAUUUUAUUGUUUCAAAGUAGGUAUACCAUACACAUCCGAACCACAAUCGAAACGAUGUACCUGUUCUCACCGCGGUCGUCGUCGUCAACGCAAUACCUAACAAUAAAACAAUCAAACAUAUUAUACAAACAUACUUAUAAUAGUAUCUUGUAAUAUUGAGACGGACCACUGCGUGUGUUAAAAAUGUAACGAGAGAAAAUGUUGUGUAUUAUGCAAACCGCAUAACAUGCAUAACAUACAGGUUGACUUUAUUUAUCCGACGACGGUUAUUGCAUAUACGUAAGUUCGGACUAUCCUUUUUUUCUCGGAAAAUUAACACAAUUUUGAAAUCAAAAAUUUGCAUUAAAGUAGUAUUUCCUAUUCAAACAUUUAUAUUAUUUUAUCUGGUUCACCCAGAAAAAAAUUUCUAGCUAUGCUUCUGUUGAUUUGAAUUUCGUUUUACGCGGUCUUGCGCGCGCGAUAUUUUCAGUAUCGACUUUUGAUUUUCGAAAACCCGCAUUUUAAAACCCGUGUUCCAAACGUUAAUGUUUUACGACCUUUUACAUACCUGGGAUGUUACGGUUCUGUACAUUCGAUUAAAUUCAAAUUGCUCAAAAAUGUUCGAGUAGUUCGUAAAGUAUUAUAGUAGGUUCUUGAUGAAAGAAUCGCUCUGUAUAUGAUGGGGGGGAAAAACGGCUGUACGUACAUAAUACGUAUAUAAUAAUACUAAUUUCGUAAUAAUGUACGUACCUGUAACGAAUAUUGUCGUGUCGGCGUCAUCGUUCGUGUUUGUCUUUCGAGUAUAGGUUUGUAGGUUCGAUCAUAAUGUAAUCACUUUUUAAAUUCUGCGUUGGCUAAAAAAAUAACGAUUUUAUGUAUAUUGUAAUAUCGUUCGGUCGUGUUUACUGAUAACGCGUUAAAUAUAAUACUAUAUGAUGACGUCAUUGGGCGGAUGCACAGCGGCGAUAUUUUGUGAAACCACAAAGGAUAUAAUGACGCUGACGCAUAUGUAACAGAUUACAAUAAUCGUCAAAAUAUUAUAAUAGUAAUAAUAAUAUAUUCUCGCGGAAUUUUUUUUAAAUUUUAUUUACAUAUUUUCCGUCGGCGUUUUAUUGCAGCGGUCGCAUUCGCCCGUUUCGACGUUAAAACCGUGCCAAAAACUGCAGUCGGAACAUAUUUUUUUUCAUCGGCGGCGGUGGUAUUUUUAGACGACAACGAUCGAUUUGCCGGUGUGCGCAGUGGGAUACACUUUAUAUAGUAUUUGACGGUUUUUAUUGUCGCGUCCACCGCAGGUCGUUGGCUUUUUAUCGUCUUUUUCUUUUAUAUUUAUAUCAAACGCCGACUGAGCUCCUCAAAGUGGAUAGAAACGUUAAUUAUAAAAAAAAAAGCCAUUCGGGUCACUAGGGCAACCCACGACGAUGGGAAUAAUAAAAAUAAGAUUAAUUUACAUUGAUUGAUCCGGCAAUACUGUAACAAGCUUUCGAUUACCAUCGCGUUACAGUUUUCCGGAUUGUCGUAAAAGGUCGUAAACGAGCAGAAGUGACAGAAAAUAGAGCAUUAUGGUUUUCAUAAGAAGACGUUCUGUAUAUAUUUUAUGACAAAGGAAAUUACGUUGUUAAUAUUAUAGUAAAGCUAAUGAUUAGUGCUUACUAACCGUUCGGGAAACCUUCGUCAAGUCUCAGUGACCUGCAAAGGACGAUUUCAUUGCAUUUUAGACUACGAGAAAUUUUUUUUUUUAGAUUUUAGCGUUAUGAUCGUUUUUACGGUUAUUGAAAAUGGUUCAAAAUGUCCACACCGUAUAACUCGAACAAUUUUGAUUUAAUUACAUUGAUUUUAGAUUUGAAUUUCGCAAUUUAAAAAUGAAUUUUGCACCGCAUAUUGGAAACCACUGCUCAACAACAACCACAAAUAAUAAACUCAAAUAAUAUUUUUAUAUCAACUCGUCAUCAAUACAACAAAAUAAUGUAUUAUACGCCAUGCGAACGGCGAUAAUUAAGCAAUUGCUAUUUCGAGACGAGUACACGCCGCACUGAAUAUUGUUGCGAUUGCGCGCCACAACGACGAGUGUAAUACAUAUUAAUAUAAUAAUAUUGUCACGAUGUAAAAAUAGAGAGCUACUACCGUUUUCUUCUUUAUGUCUAUAUUGCAAUAUAUUAUUAUUCGCGGUCGGUAGAACGGCAGAAAAAUAAAAAAGGUCUCGAUUGGCGAAACGGCACACCCAACGAUGAUACGCACCUACCUAUAACAAUAAUAUUGUGCGCGCAGUGUCCGAUGUGCUUUCACUCGACAACGAUCGUUGUCUCCGACAGGUGACCGCCCAGCCAAGGUAAUUAUAAUUAACGACUAGUUAUUUUUUCCGGUAAAUACCGAGUAAAUGGUAUUUAACGGGCUCGCCUGCGAGGCCCGAUUAUGCCCGGAGCCUAAGAGCCCGGGUUCCGGGCCCUGAAAUAUCGAAGGCCCCGGAAGGUGCCUUUAUUCUCGGAACAAAGUAGUAAUAUUUUAAGUUUAAUAUUAUGUUUAUUGAAAAUCUAUAAAUCAAAAUGUUAUUUGUUUUAUUUUCAUUCGGUUAGGUAACAAUAUUUAUAUAACAUGUCUUUAAUUCCGAGUCUGAAGCCUAUAAGUUGAAAAAAAAAAAUUAAAAAUAGAGGGAAAACUGUAAAAGAAGCUAUAAACAUUAUUACAUAAGGAUUCCGUGUCAGUUAUAUACGUCAUGGGGUUUUCGUCAUCCAAUUGUUUCCGUUUUUCUAAUAGGGAGCGAAGCAUAUCAAUUUGAGCGGAGGGUUCAAAUUGAAUUCUAAAAUAGUUUUCUAGAUCUGACCAAUUAUUUUUAAUGUUAUCAGAAUUUUGUAUAUUUUCAUACGUUUUUAAUGCGGUGCCCUCUAGAAAAUCCGGGAAGUAUUGGGUUUUGUCUUCGUCAGACCAGUCAUUCAUUGACGCACACAUGUUGUAUUGGUUUAUAAAAAUUUCAAAAUUCUCCGAAAUUAGUCCAGAAAAUUUUAAGGGUUUAAAAUAUGGCUUUUUACUGGCCAUCAUUUUAGGUUUUCCCUGCUUGUUUGUUUGGUUAAAAGUAGGUGUUUUGUGAUUUAAAAAGUAGGUAUAGAUUCGCCAGUAAGAUAUUGUAAUAAUCUAGUUUAUAAUUCGGGUAACGUUCCUACAGUAAUCAAACGUCUUUUGGUUAAUUCUGUUUCUAUCUGAUCUUGUUCUAAAUUUAGAGACGUAAUCUACUAAUUUUGUAAAAAAUUGAAUAUUUCGAUCCAUUUUUAUGAAUAGGUACCAAGAAAAAAUUGAAUUAAGCGAAAGAAAAAAUUAUUGUUAUUUAUUUAUUUUAAAUUAUAUAGAUUGUUUAGUAGUUAAUUAAGAAUGUGUGAGUUAAUGUUAUUUAUUAUUUUUAAAUAAUGCUGUUGUCUGGUUCUCAUUAUCAUGUCUUAUUAUUGUGUUGAAAUGUUUGCCUGUUAAACAUACUAUUUUGUAUUAAUCUAAAUUGACUUACAAACUGAUAAAUAAAGUGGUAGUCCACUAUAAUAAAAUUUUCUGUAGAUAAUACUAAUGUUAUAUACUAUUAUGUUGUGAUAUAACUAGUUGACCAAUAUUAAAAUUAUGAUAUGUACCAUAUUGCGUAUAUCAUUAAAAUAUUGUACUUGUAUUUUUGAUACUUAAAUUUGUAUAUAACGAAGAUUGUUAAAUACUUAAUAUAUUACACAUUUUUAAAUAUGUUGUUUUGUACAACCAUUUCAUUCUUAUCGGUUUUUUUUUUAAAAAAAAAGAGGUAAAAUUUAGUUAUUAGUAAUAUAUUGUUUAAGGGCCAAUUGGACUACCAGGCUCCAGGUGGUACAUUCUUAAUCCGACAAAGCUCACCUGGACAAGAGGAAUACAAUAAAUAUCACUUAUUAGGGAACAGCCCGAUAAAAAAAUAAUACUAUAAAAUGUACAUGGGCGUUGGUUUGGGUUUUCAGUUCGAUGUCUUUUCGAUUCUGUUUAACCCGGAAAUGUGUUUUAUUUUUUAAAUGGUCGGAGCAGAUUUUCCAAAUUGUCUUCAGUUAUACUAAAUUUAAAAACGAUUUUUUAUCAUUUUAUGUAACCGCCUUAAUCGAUUUGUUAACGGUUUUCUAUUUGAAAUUUGGUGUGCUCAAAAUAAGUACAAAUUGAAUGCGAUUACUAUCAAUAAAUAUUUAAAAAUAAUAUGUUAAUUUUAGAUGCCUUUAAAGCUGAUAAUUGAAAAUUGACUUUCAAAAUAAUCUAGAGAAUUCGUUAACAAAUUUAUAUAAACUUUAAAAACAUAAAUCGGAGAUAGGGAAAGUAUGUUGUAAUUUCACGCUGUUUAUUGGUGUGAAAUAUAAUGUGAAAAAAAUGGGUGCUCUUCGACCCUUCGUGGCGCACGUUCCAGAGCAGUGAAGAGACGUUGGACGUUGCAGAGUUUUCGUUUUAAAAAAAAAUAAAUCAGUUUGCUUAAUAAUAAAAGCAUAUCAUUAUAUAAUUUUAGUUUUUACUUCUUGACAGUGGUGAGAAACACAUUAUUUUGGUCAUCUGACUGUCCCCUUUGGGAAAAUGGAAGAUCCGACCACGGGUUAUUCACGAACAAAACAAACGAAUUUAUACGAACAAAAGUUGUACUCGUAGCGAUUUUUAUUGUGUUGAUUAUGUUAGGUCGGUGUUUCUCAAUUGUGCCGAUUUUAGGACGCUGCCUGUAUUAUAUUAUAUAGGCACAUCUAUUGCGCCGCGCCGAUACAAAAAAAGGUAUACAUCAGUAGCGCCGAAACAUUAAUAAUAAUUGAAAUAAAUAGAUAUUUCUUAGUUAAGUUUUAGCGUAAUUUUGUAUAAUUUAUAUUUUAUAAUGAGAAAUUAUAUAAUAUUGGUAAUUAUAAAUUACCAAUACGAUGUUUGUAAAUAAUUUGUUCCUUACCGCGUUCGCUUCAAAUUACUUCCAUUAUUAUUAUUACUAAUUAUAUCGAUAAGUAUUAUUAUAAAAUUACUUCCAAGAACAGAAAUUACGACGAUUAUAUUAUAAACUACGGAUUUAUGUGUGUACCAAACGAAUAAUAUUUGUCUAUGUAUGAUAAACCGUGCAUACAAUUAUUCUUAGAGAUAUUAGAUUACUACACGGAUUGUCAAUCGGCGUAAUUGACGUAUUAUACUAUAAACAUUUUUACAUUCGAACAUCGACCGGCGCAGUUUUUUUCCGUCCUAUAAUUGUUCGUCUUUUAUCAGCAAUAUUCUGACGCAAUUGAUAUAUUACGUCCGGUUAGAUUAUUAUUUUAUGGGAACUGUACAUUUUUCCAGAAUGAAUAGUACCCUAUGUCCGCCCUAUAGUACUAGAAACUAUUUUAUAAAUAACAAUUUUUUUUUUUCAAUUUUCAAUAAACCGCUGACGUAUUCUUCAUCCUGGAUUCCGAUCCGGUUAUGGUAAUAAAUACAAAUUCUCUCAUAAAUCUAAAUCGUUAAUUGUUUAUCCAAAAGGCUCCUGUUUGUCAAACUGUCAGUUUCCGUUCAUAUUCAGAUAGUCAUUGUGUCCGUUAUGAAAUUUAUUAUUAUUAUUAUUAUUUUUUUUUUUUAAUGAAAUAUAACAACGGUUGGGCGAAUUGCAGUUCACUGCAAUAAAAUACGGCAAUCGAGAGUAAAAAAUGAUGAUAAUUUUUUACAGUAUUUCCUGCGGAUAUUCCAUUUUUUUUUUUUUUUUUACUGUCGCUGGUGUCCGUCUCUUAUGAGUCAAACGGAGAAAAAAAAUAAAGGUCAAUUGUUUUUUCCAUCUAAAAUCGUGUACCUGCCUGUUUUUAUCUUGAUGGCAUUAUUGAAAAAUAAGCCCGGAGGCAAUAAAUCUCGGGAAAAAAAUUAUCCAGAAAGAAAAUUCAUAAAGCUUUAAAAUUCGGAAUAUUUAAGUAUCAUUUUAAAUAAUAUUCCGCAGCACAAUAUUACGUCAGUUUCGGGCGGAAACAAAUUAAAUAAAAGUCAUCACAUAACAAAAUAUAUUGUUAUCGGCCAAAGUAAAUAAUGCGCAACGUUAAAAAUAAUCAUAAAUCGUUACACUGUGGAAUUUUUUAAAACUUUGUCUGUUCUCAAUAUGCAUACCUCUAGUGAAUAUUUAACACUUUCUGGUUUGGCUGUAAAGUGAAUAUAGACCGCAAAGGGAAAGAAACCCAUAACGAUUUUUCCCGGCUAAAAGGAAAUCGACCUUUUUUUUCCCUUCGGAAUGUAGUCGAAAAGUGAAAUCGGUCGAAGGGUUUCGUCCCUCUUUUUACGGCCCGACAAUGUACUAUUUUGUACGUGGGUACGUUGAAUUUAUUACGGUCCGGCGCGUAUAUAUGGUCCACGUAUUUGAACGACCCGUGUACAUUUGUGUCUAUUUUCGAUUUUCGUUUAUUAUCCGUCACUCGCGAACAAAUAUAAUUUAUUAACUGUAAAAAUAUUCUCGUCUCGAUAACUGGUUUUUUUAAAUUUUUUUUUUUUUGACGCCCCCUUCGGAUUACAUUUGUAUGUUAUCGCGGCUGACAAUUCUCUCGUCACGCGUCAGUUAUUAAUUAUUCGAUCGAACAAUUAUACCUAAUUAUAUUAUUAUAUUUCGCUCGGCGACUAUAUUACGUUGUCGUUGAAAUAGAAAGAAAGAAAAAAAAAAUAACACUACUUAUUAUUCGAUUAUAAACACGUCUCGUUAUUACGUAUACAUAUUAUUAUAUCAACAAACGACAUCGUUUAUAUUUAAUGGUCGCACAAUUAUGUGUCUCAAAUACAGUGUUUAUUUUUUCUUUUUUCAAUCGUAAUUUCUUUAUUCUAGUAGGACUCCGGCUGCAGUAGCUAAGUACACAAGAUAAACCGCCGAAUUUUCAAAGAACAGAUUCCGUCAGAUACAUUAGAUUAUGCUAUUAACGCCGACAAAUUGACAAACUGACCUCUGUACUCGACUCAAACAAGAGAAAAGUUAAAAUCGGCCACCAAAAAUGCAGUUACCAAGAUUACAACGGCCAAUCAGAGUACGGUACGACACGUCAUGACGCCGCGGUCGAGUUACCGCGAUAAGGAUGUAUCGAAAAUGGAAAAUUAUUUAAGGGUAACAUUGAAUUGCGUCCCAGACUAAUUUUAGACGUUGCAUAUUGAUUCCACGGUGUCUUUUCUGUAUUAUGAUAUUGAAUUGAAUUUAGGCCGGAGAUACGUUGAUAUUAUAAAAUACUAUGCAAACAGUGAAAGGACGAACGACAUCCAAUGUUUGAGUAUAAAAUCUAAAGAAUAAUCCUUAAAUCUUGAAGUUGCUUUAUCCUCUUGGCGACCGAAUGUAUAGUGAUCCCUCAAAUCAAGCUAGACAUAAAAAUGGAAAGCUAAAGUAACACAAGCUGACCCCACCCAAACCAUUCAACGUCGGUUACGUCUGGUAGAAAUCCGCAGUGGAACAUAAUAUGGAAAAGCAUCAACAAAAUGAGGGCUGGAGUUGUAAGAAUAAAAUCAAUUAUGGUAAAAUCAGUGAAGAAAACACGCGUGCGAAUUUGGAGAUUGUCUGAUAGAUGCACGUCUCAUACUCAUCUAUACCUUGAACCUAGCAUAGUGCACCAAGCUUAAGAUAAACUAGACUUAAGCUGACCGGACACACGCAGAAAAAUACCGAGUAUAAAAAUAAAUACAUUUUAAUUUUCAAAGUAUGUAUCAUUUUAACAUUUUUCCCGCGACUUAUUAUAAUUUCUAAAAAUUAUUAUUGUAAAAAAAAAUUACCAAUAUGCUUAGUUGACUUUUAAUAUAAUCAAGCAGUGCACGCAUUUUUUUGGAGACUACACGGCCAAAUUACUCGCGGUAUUUCUUAUAACUAAUGCAAUAAAUAAGCUGAAGGGUCUCGAUGCAUAUAACCCAAAAAUAUUUGUUACAUUAUUUGGGAGACAAUUACAUUUUUUUUUUUGAGCCUCAACUACGAAGAUUAUACAAGUUUAAAUAUGUCUGUCAUUUCAAAGGUAUACCGAAUAAUUGAACACAAUUCCGACAACUUAAAAUUAUUCGAAAAUACCAAACAAAAUAACCGCGAAAAUAUCAAAAUACCCGGCAUGUCGUUCCUAUUCGUUUCAUCUUGGUGCCGUCAGUCCUACAAUAAUAUGGCGUUCAGUUUUUUUUAUUGUCGCGUUAGGUCAAAACGUUAUCGGCGGCCUCAUCAUCAUCUUCAAGGAAAAUCGUUCUUAUCGUCUCUAUAUAUACAAUAAUAACGGCGUACGUGAUUUAUCGACAAGACACAAAAUUAUCAUAAUUAUAUUGAACUUUUAAUAUUAUGUUGUUUUUGUUUGUUUUUCUUUUUUAUCUAUCAAUUAUGAGCACUCGACCCCGUCUUCGGCUUGUGUAGGCCAAUAAUAUUACUAUUACUACGACAAUAUUAUAAUAAUAAUAAUCAACAAUCGCUGUUCGAAUAAUUCAUUAUAUUUGUGAUAUUGUUAAAUUCCGCGAAAUGAUAAUAAGUAGGUAACAAUAAGUUUCUAUACGAUGUUAUUACGUUUGGUAUUUCGAUCAGUUCUGACAGUAUUUUUUUACUUAAACCUAUCGAGUGCUCGACUCGCGCGGAACAUACCAAGUGACAUGCCAUGAAAUAUAAUCAGAUAUAAACUAUUAAUUAUUUGGAAAUAUUUGCAGGUGCUCACCUAUAUUUUAUUUGUUAUGUGAGCCGUAGAUACGGCGGCAGUUUAUAGAUUAGAAGAUGCUAUUUUUAUAAUAAUAUCUAUACAGUGCAGUAACUUAAGUAAACUACGAUUAAAAAGACAAGUAUGUGUGACAAGUAUUAUAUUGACAUUGUAGCGUAGCUCAUCGGCCACGUGCGAUCAAUUUUCAGUAAGAGAAGUCGCAUUUUUACCGUCUCAGUUUAACUAUCGGGCGGCAUUUAAACUUCAAUUUCAAGGGGAGAAUAUUUUCAAGGGCAGUUUCUAAAAGACUGUCGAACCACGAGAAAAACGGGUGGGAAGUUGAGACGGUAGGACACAUAAAGCUAUUUAAUUUAUAUCUGUGUGCAACGACAAUUGCUAACGAAAUACAAUUUUGAACAAAGUUCGGUUUAACAUGUUUUGAAAUUUCGUGAUUUUUAAGAUGUUCAUACAAAUUUGAACCUACUUAUAAAUUUAAAUUAAUACAUUACGUUCAACUUUUUUUUGAUCACUAAGCGCGACUUAUUAUAAAACUUACGUUAAAUUUUCAAGCAUUUCUGCUUGGUCAAAAUGUUUGCCUGUUAAUCAAGUCGAAACAGUAAAAUGUGAUGUUAUGCUUCUUCGAUCUUCUUUUGUUAUACUUUUUUGGUCCAAUUUUAUAUAGUUUUCGAAACAGGUAUAUUCAAUUUUGAUUAUUGCUAAAUGACAUAAUGGCGCAUAUUUGCUAAUAAUAUACUUAAUAUAAAUAUUCCGUUAUAAAUGUCUUAAGUCGAAUAAUUAUAUGACUUAUGCCUUUUCGCCAAACAUAAUGUACUUACGUCAUAGUGACUUUGAUAUUUUAAUUUUUGGUAUAGCAUAUUGUGUUAGAACUAACAUUCACUUAUGUAAUCUAACUCAACGUAAAAAAUAAAGGGAAUAACUUUCAUAAGACUAAAUUAUAAAAAAUUCCAAAAAUUAACUUAACCCUUAUACACUGGGAGCAAACAUAAGGCCUCCUCAUUGCGUAGCAAAAUAACGAUAUUAUGAUUAUUAUUUCCAUUUUCACGUCGAUCGACAUAACAAUGUUUGGUAAAAAACAAAAUCUGGUAUAAUACUUAUUAAUUAAACAAUAAUAUUAUAUAAAGUAAUUUUUGCGUGUAUUCACAUAAAUUAACAUAUUUAUUAACUUAAUUUCAAGGAAAAUGUUAAUUAACCAUAUAAUAUAUACAGAGUGAUCCACUUAUCACGAACCAGUAAUUUUCGUGUAAGAUUUUAAGUGAAUUUGGUUUUUUGUUUUUUUUUUCAAUUAUAUAUGAUGGAAUCGUUAAAACUUUAUUAUAAAACUAUUUUUAAUUUUUAUCCAUAUUCCUUAUACUUUAAACGAGUAUGUACUUUUAAUUUUAAAAUAAGACACUUCCUUUUUUAAACACUGAUUCAAAUAGAGAAUAUUUUUUUCAAAAUAUCGAUAUGUGUUAUUAAUAUUGGAUUUACCGCCUUAUGAAUUAUAACCGUUAAAAAUUUAGACCUGAGGAUUUUGGAAGAGGAAUAUAGUUCAUGUCCGUUUUUUGAUGGUAAAUUCAUAACCCUUUUCUACGCCUUCGGUUUAUUCUUUAAACUGUUUUAACUCAUGAAAUAUUUUCAUUUUGAUAUUAAUGUUAUGUCUAUUAACAUUUUCAGACAAAUAUUUUUUAUUCAAAUUCGUGUACAAAAGGGAGGGAUAGUAGGAUGUUACUAUUUGAUGAACCAAAGUUUAAUAACUUUUACGUACGCAAAAGAAGGGCCAAACAAUUGAAAACUUGUUAAAAUAAAGCAUAAACUAUCAUUCCAUAAUGAUUGAAAAAAAAAAAAAAAAACAGAAAUCUAAUUCACUUAAAAUCCUCUGUAGGUUUGCGAUAAACGGAUCACUCUGUAUGUAUAUGUAAUAUUGAUAAUAUUCGCGUUGUUGGGAACCACCGCACAGCAGACGGCGCACUUAUUGUAUAUCCGUAUGUGUAUGAUUUUCGUACCGCAGAUUUUUUUUUUUUUUUAAUAGAACGCGACGUGAGUCGACUAAAAAGCGCGGCACGAAGGACCCGUCUCGCACACAGACAUUAUUGUAAUAUUAUUACCUACCUACUUAAUUUUAAGUACACUUACGCGGCGGCCUAUACUCGUAUACAGCGUAUACGUGGGUACUAUUAUUGACUUCUGCUCAUGAUAUGUCACCUUGUGCCGUAUUCUGGUGUGUGUAUAAUUGCCGUAUUAUGGCGCGGACCGUCAGCUAUAUUAUAAUAUUAUUACACUGACCCGCAGUAAUGUAUAUAUGUGUGUACAUAGAAUCGUUUUCUAAGCGUCUUUUCUAAUUUUUUAUCAAUAUUUUAUCUUCUUUCGGUUCCAUCGCGUCCUUGAAUUUAGCAUACGCUUACAAAACCUACAGGUAUAAAAUAUUGUACACAAACUGCAGCGGAACGAUGCGAUUUGGUCAAGGUCGCUCGGGUACUAUGUAUACGACGACGACGACGACGACAACGACGUGCGGGUCACUACCGACCGAUAGAAACCUAAUAUUAUUUUUAAUAUUUUUACCUGGGCUAAUAUAAUCGUCAUCGUUCGCGUGACGGUUUUUUUUUCUACAGGAAAUUUUUCGUAAAAAAAACCAAAAGAAAAUUCAUCGGUUUUUCUGUCCGCGCGGACUUUUUUUCCAAGGAUCUGGCCCGAUUCCGCGGAUUUUCGGCGAUCCGUGCGAUAAAACCCGACGAAUUUUUACAUUUCGAUUUUUAUGCCGUGGGUGCGUUCGCAUUUAAAACGAAAUCUCCAGUAUAGACUCGUAUUCAAGAACGACAUUUUUUCAAAUUUUUCAACAAUAUUAAUUGAUUUUAAACCUGGCAAUAAUUUUUCUGUCAAAUAUAAUUGAAAACGACCCCGGCAUAACAUAACGUAGUCUUUAAAAGGACGCAUAUAUAAUACUCGCAUCUACUGUCUCAGUCCAACUACCGGGUAACAUGCAAAAACAAUGCUUACGCAGAACAGGUAAAACUAGUUUAGUUUUGAUUUUAUUGUAAAAUUACUUGUUAUAAAAUGCAUGUAGAGAACAAUAUUUUGAAUAGGGUUUUUGUAUUAUUCAAAAUAUAUAGCUCGAUAUAAAAGAUACAAAAACCUUUAAUUUUUAUUUUUUAAAUAACUGUAACUUUUUUAAUAGUUAAUAAUUUUAAAAACGUCUAUAACAUUUCCUCUGAAAUAUUGUUCUCUAAACAUUUUGUAAUAGGUACUUUUACUCUAAAAUCAAAAUCAAGUUUAUUUUACUCAUUCUGCGUGAGCAUCGUUUUUGCAUGUUACCCUGUAGUUGGACUGAGACAGUAGAUAUGGAUGUGUAACGUCCUGUUAACACGUGAUCGCGUGAUAACGAUUUGAUUGGUUCGAAAUGCAAAUUAUGAUUUAAUCUAAAAUUAUAUUAUAAAUUAAGAUAUUCCGGUUUUAUUCAUUUUUAAUUUACUGAAUUUAUUACAAACGCAUCUAGAGGAAUAAUAAUGUAUUUUUUUUCAUGUACAAUUGUCGAUAUGAUUAUAUAAUUUUAAAAAAUAUCGUUUUAUCUGGUAUAUAGUCGGUUCGCGAAUAUUAUAAAUUGUAUAUAUAGAAAAACAAAAAAUAUACGGAUACCAAUUCAACUGUAAUACCGACAUGCAGUGCUCGAAUGGGGGGGGGAUGCACAGGGGAAUGGAGCUCCUCUACUAUUUUUUAAUUUUUUUGCGUACCCCAACUGAAACGAGGGAAUAGCAUAAACUAAUGUCCGCAAUAAUUUUUAUUAAACUGUGGAUUUCAAUUAUUGUCAAUUAUAUAACGAAUUUUACUAUUUUUAAUAUUAGUUUGAUAUUAUAAUCUUUUCUAUGGUCUUAUAUUUUUUUGCCAUAUAGCAGGUAUAUCGAUAUUUUAUCAUACGAUACCAUAAUAACCAUAUGAUACCGCAUAGUUGAAUUUAUUUAACUAAAAUUUUGACCACGUGGUUACUAUAGAGUAAUUACUCUAUGGUGGUCACAUACAUUAUCCGCAGAAAAGUGAUAACAAAAAAAAAAAAAUGGUAAAAUAUUCUGAUCGGAGUACAAUCAAUAUUCAUAUAUUUGGAAUUUUAAUAUUUGGUGCUGAAAAUGCUGGUAUGGUGGAACGGGGGGGGGAGGGGCUGAAACCCCCUACGAGUCUGUUUUCAGUGAUUGUGCACUUGGAAUGUAGUUUUUUAGUUUUUAAAUCGUUGGAUUGACCUCCUCUACUUAAUUUUUCCUAAUUCGAGCACUGCCGACACGUUCAAAAAUACAAAAAAAGUCUGUAAAACGAAUUCGUAAAUUAUUCUACUAAAAUACUAUAAUAUUCUAAAUUUGUUUGUAAAUCGUUAGCUGGCAAAAUUCCCACAUUUUUGUCCGGCGUCUAACGCUGACGAUGUACAAUUCUUACUGUAUACUUUAAUACACUUAAUUGGUGUUAUUUUUAAAACAAGUCCAUUGCAUUUCCGUACCUACGUUAAAAUCACGAUUUUAGAUUAUAAUAAUAUUGUGUAAUAUGGCAGCCCGAAAAAAGUAUUGCGGGAGGUGAUAACUGAUACGGUGAUUCGAGACCAUUCGUAUGACGAAAAGUAAUGACGGAUCGACAGAGACCCGCCGUAGCUUUGUUGACUAAUUUUUAUCGUGUUUCCUUUUUGUGAUAUGUUUAUACACACGUUUUCCGUCGAAAAUCUUGCUGCGAUCGUUAACUUUGUGGGUGAUUUGGCUGGUGUAAAGCCUGACGGGACCGAUCGUAGUUUCCCGUUUCAUUAUAAUAUGAUGAUCGAUUUUGGUCCAUUGAAACCAGUGUACGGGUCGGAAGAAAAAAUAAAAAUAAGAAUCAGUAUGUUUAACCGAAUCGCAACAAAAAUAAUGAAACCGUUAUUGUCGUACACUUUACAGUUUUCCCCGAUAUUUAGGAACGAGGAAAAUAAUUACCUCCCAAACGCAGCCAGUGGUGAACUCAAUGGAGGGGGCAGGGAGCGAGUGGGUCCGGGCUUCUCCUUCGAUAGUUAUAUCUGUAAUUUUAAUAAUAUGAGGUAAUAAUAAUUAUAAAUAAUCGUUUAAAUUACGGUUAGACCAAUUGUUAUCUCUACAGUCGGUCAUGUUGAUGCGUGAUUGUAAUCCUGUCUAUAUUUCUGUAUUUAGUGUUCAUUUUUCAAAAUUAAUAAAAACAAAAUUCCUUCCCUCUCUAAAAAAAAAAAAUCCUCGUAUAUCCGCCACUGUACUGACCGCAGCGACCGUGUAAAUCGAAUUUCAAAAAAAUACGCUAUACAUUUGCCGAUCGGAGAGUACCUAUUUUCCUUGUACCUCGAAAGUUUACUAUAGACGUGCAGAGAAAAAAACAAAAAAAAUAAACAAAACGGCGGCGGCUGGGCGAUUCGGUAACAGCAUAAUAAUAUUAUACAAUUUGUCGUGUCGGUGUCGCCGCGUUUGACAAACCUCCGUCGCGGUGUAGUUAUGGCGAUAAUUUUACAUUUUUUUUUUUUACACGCGACAACUGCUACAAUAACGAACAAAUACAAAGCGGUCAUUUUUUUUUUUCUGUCUACUAUCAGUCCGCGGCCGCACGUAUAUAGAAAUUCGAAAUGUAACACUUUCUCUGUUUGCACGGUGCGCCCGCGUACGGCGGCCCGCAUAAUAAUUCAGACGUAUACACCGUGCACGCGCGCAGAAUACCGUUGCGACCGACGUCUGUACCGGCGCGCGGCAGCGGGUUUUUGACGAACAAUAAUGACGUUAUUUAUCUCGAUCCCCCGGUCGUCGGACGAGUACACGCGGCAGGCAGGAUAUAUAACACCGGGAAGAGAAUAAAAAUGAAAAAAAAAAAAAAAAAUCGUACGGCUAAAAACAUCGGUACGUUUAUACAUAGCCGAUUAUACGUCCGUUUUUAGCAUCAACCGCGUCGGCGGCCGUAAUAAAACGCAUGCGCCGACCAACUUGACAACUCCGGCAUAAUGCGACGCGAGUUGAAUAACGUACCUGCACACAAAUAACAUGAUUAUGAUAGUGUCGUUACGUGACCGUUCGUUUAACAGAAUGUUCGUUCGGCGCAGUGUACCUACGCGAAAAAGCCCGCGAGUGUAUCGCGGACAGGCGUGAUGCGUUACAAUACAGUGCGGGGUCAGUGAACACCGAAUUCGCGGCGAGUGAAAAUUCACCGAGACUUCAGCCCGGACUUAUCCCGAUUUUUUCAGAAAAAUCACAUAAUGGGCUGUACAGUCUAUCGGGCUCCCGUUUCUCCGAUAUGGGCUCCUUUUUUUUUUAACAAACGGGUCAGUUUCCGAACGGCUCCCGCGUUCGACAACACACGUUUCUUUUCACUUCAUUCUGACUUAGGACUGUCUCGAAAGAGUUGUGAUCAACCAACGCGGAAACACUACUUCGACAGAUAUCGCGGUUCGCGAACCGACCGAAGACUGAACAGACUAAGAAAAGCUGACACGAUUAUGUGCACGAUCUGACACGAUUAUUAUUGUAUUAUUAUCCAUAUCGCAUAAAUAUCCGAUUAAAUUUUACUACCAAGAUUAUUGUUAUCGACUAAUAAUACGUUUCUGUUCAAAGCAUUGUGAGAUCGAAUAAAACUAUCGAUAAAAUUCGUUUGACAAAUAAUCUUGAAUUGAUUCAAUAGUACUUAUUAUCGCAAAAACCUGCGAGAAUCUGACGACGUUUCGGAAGUUUAAUUUCUGUAUAUGCCCCCAUUCGAAUUUCGGACGUUCUUUUAUUGUCACUUUUUGGGUCCUCUCGGGCCUUGGUUGUGUAUUAUUACAAGUACCAUUCAGCGAUCUGUUCGUUUUUACAUACAUAGUCUGACGGAUACCAUUGUCAAAUGAUAAUUUGUGUGUGUGUGUGUGUAUGUGUGUGUGUGUGUGUGUGUAUAGCGUAUUGGAGGUCACACGGGCGAUAUAAUAUUAUAAUAUACACACCGUGACUACGCAUAUUUUAUUUAAGUAUUAAAUUUCUGAACUGCACGUUCGUGAUUCAGUGUGUGAUUAUCGUUUGGCGUACGCGUUUGAUUAAUUUUCGAGAUUUUCGAAAAUAAAAACCGGGCAUUAGCGGGAUUAAUAUCCACAAAUUCUUUAGACGAUAAAAAUCGUUUCAGUAUACCUAGUGAUUCGUUGUACGACAUCCUUGUACGUGUCGGGUCUGUUGAAAAACGGUGACGGUUGUUGCUCAAUCAACUAGCAAAUUUUGUCUAUAGUUGGUGCUCUAAGAAGGUCAUUUUUUUGAUUUUUCUUGUAGUUGUCUUAAUAAUUGAAAAAAAUGUCUGAAAAUGUACGCAAUAAUCCCGUUAUUUCCGAUUUAAUUUGUUUUUUUUUUGUAAUUUAUUUGAAAAUUAUCGUAGAGACCUGACGUUUUCACUGAAUCAUUAUUUUCCAGCUAUCUAUAGCUAUUUUAAAUUUUCUGUUUUUUUUCGUACUUUGUGAAAAAAAUUAAUUACUUUAAUCCACCAAAAACGCACUAAAAUUUGACACAAGUUUACGAUAAGUUGUAUAUACCCACGCAUACAACUUGAGUAUCUAUUGUUUACCACGUUCCUCAGCUGUAGGAUGUGACCUCCAUGAGAUGUCUGAGGUCUUGGAAAUAUGAAGUUCUUGGGCGAUCUUUUUCCCAAGAUCUUCUCUUCGAAGAUAUUCUUUACAAAUGUGUUAUGUCUGAACAAGUGCCCUUUUAAUUUCGUUUUCCUUUUUAGUAUGCGUCUUUAGUAUAUCCCUUUUUUCUUUUAAAUCUUUUAACACUUGCUCAUUUGUUUUUAUUUCAACCCCUUUUGUUCAUUUUUCUCUUGAUACGUUUAUAAUCUAAAUAAAAAUAAGAAACAGUUCCAAUUUAGUAAAUUUGUAUGCGGCCGGAAAUUAUUGGGUACCGGUUAUCGUUUGAAAUGUACGUUUUUUGCGUUCACCGAUCGUUUACCCAUUCGUAUAUUGUAAUUACAAUUUAAUUAUAUACGCGAUCGGUUCACACGGAUUCCGGACUGUUAUUUACCGAAUCAGUCGAGGACGACGAUAGAGACUAUAACGCUGCCGUAACGAGCCAACAACAAUUAUUGUACUAUCGUUAUUAUACGUGUUAUGGGUUCGGUUCAUGAAUCAUAUACACUCUCUCUCUCUCUCUCUCUCUCUCUCUCUCUACCGUCAAUUGACUCCCCCGAAAAAAAAAAAAAAAAAAAAAAAAAAACUAUAUAAUUCAAUUGUGGCCUCCCGAAAACGAUACGAUAAUAUUAUAUUCUCCGGUGGGUUAAACGCGUUUUAAACAGAAAUUUACGCGACAAAUCGUUGUGUUCGACACGCACGGACGCGCGGUAACCGCAUUUUAGGUGUACCUAUACAGAAAAAAUAAAACGCAUUAAUCGAAUAAACAAACCGAUUGUGAAAGAUGAAAAAAAUCCGUUCGUCCGCGCGUUAAUUGAAAAAUAAAUAAUAUAUACAAUAAUCGGACGGAGAUUUUUAGAAAUAUUUCUCUUCGCCCGCGUAUUACAGUAUAUUGCUCUAUUCGCUGCACCUCGUUGAAAUCUCUCCGCGGUUCGGGUCGGCUUCCACCAUAAAGUAGUGAUAUAAUAAUAAUAAUAAUAAUAAUAAUAUAAUAAUAUCAACGAGCUAUACACGCGGUAGGUACUUAAAGUGUAAUCGUUGUCGUAAUUGCAGCCUCGUAUACGCCACUAUAAUGAUACAUUACUACACCGGUCGUUAUUUUACUGUGUAACAGGUGCAAUAAGAGAACGGAGGAAUUGCACGUAUAGCUAGUGGAAUUAAAUGUGUGCAGCCGGAUACGGUGCGGAAUAACAUAUAGUGAGGAAGAAAGGGUGUCAUUAAGGCACGAUAAAAGGGAAAUUGUACAGAACUGGCGAUGGCGAUGUCUAAUAUUGUAUCUAUUAUGCGAGUCCGAGUAUUGGACGUUGGAUAAAAGAGAUAAAAUACUGAUAUACAGUGGCGCCGAACCAUGUUUUAAGAAGGCGGACAGGUAAAAAGUUGUAUAAUUCACCACCCUCGUUUACAAAAUAAACUCCAAUACAAUACUCUAAUAUUCUGUACGUACCAAUUCGAUAAAAAAUAUGGCUCUGGUACCUAUCAUGGAUCCACCACCACCCACUCAUUAAAAAAAGGGUGGCAAUCGCCACUCUUGACUGCUGGUUUCGGUGCAACUGCUGAUAUAUAAAUGGAUGAAAGUAUAGCAGAACCGAGACAGUUAAGUCGCGUGAUCAGCUCGGAUAGGAACCCGGGAAUAAUCGAUACAUAAGAGAUAGUGUAUAUAGAAGUAGCGGGUACAUCGGGAAAAAUAAAAGACGAUGCAGACGAGAGUGGUCGUGUAUUGAGAGGAGAAGAAACACGAAGUAUAGACGAAAGAAGUAAACCGUAGUAUAAAGUGUUAUUUAAAAGGGGAAAUGUGAGGAUAUGCGGGGAAUAGUGAAAGAAAUGGCGAUUCUUUAGCUGACCAAGUUUGCUUAAAAGAAAAAAUAGAUCGAGCUGGCGGAACGGCCGACAUAUACGCGGAAUGUUCCGUAUUGUAAAAAAAAAUUCGGUUUUCUCCAUGAUUUGUACAAGUGUGGCGUGCCCAGAAAUUUUCAAUGGGAGGAGAUGUAACAACUAGCAAAUAAGAAUCGUAAAAUCGUCCUCUACCCAACUCGACUAUGGGAAUUGGUAAUUUAGAAACCGUAUCCUAAAAAAAAAAAGCCAAUUUUUAAUCACUAAUCAAUAUAGCAAACUAAUACAUUAACAUAUUAAAUUACUUAUAAGUUUUUGUAUUUUUAAGCCAAUGUGGGGAUAUAACCUCUAUUUCCCCCCCCCCCCUGAACGUGUACGUACAUUUGUUCGUGCAUUUGGUCGGAUCGGCGAAUGAAGACAACUAUUGUACAACUACAAUCCGAAAAAACGUUUUAGAUUUUAAGCGUAUUUAUAAAGUUUUACGGUGGUUUUUUUUUUUUUUUUAACAACUUUUCUACGGGAAAACUUUUUCGCAGUAUUACUGUACGGUUGUUGUUUUAAACGGUUAUUGUGGUCACGGUAAUCGCGGUCGUCGCGUGUCACCGUCGCCGGACAGUUAUUGAUAUUAUUCUUGUUGUCAAGCGUGACGGUUAUUAAUGGUCCCCGAGUAUAUACUAUAUAAAUAUUGUUUUUGCAAUAAACCUAUCGUUCGGCGGUUUCAAACAGCUAUUACGACGGCAUUUCCGUCAAUGAUUUAUUCAUUAUCUCCCGUCACAAUAUAAUAUAAACAAGACGCGCGCCUAUCAAAUCGAUUUCAACCGUAUUUCGACAAUGAUAUUGUUAUUAAUACUGUGCGACAAAUCCGUAGAUAAUGAAAUAAUAGAUAACCGGGCAUUGGGCCUGUUGAGGCCGUUUGCUUACGCUAUUCUCGUAAAGCCUCCUCAAUUUCAUUAGUACGUCUCCGCUGAUUGGCCGUCACACAUUAUUUUUCUAUUUGUGGAUUAAUCACGAAUGAUGUGAUGAUAAAACUGUGUUCGUUUACGGGUUACGUCUGAUCAGACGCGUUCUACAAGAAUAACUGCAGAAAGAUACGCCGUGUAUCGCACUCGUUCGAAAUUAUUUAUUCGAGUAUAAAAAAAAAAUAUUUCGUCCGUAACGCGUAUGUUUCGGUCAAAAAACAACAGGAUGACCAACAUUACGUAUGACACACAUUAUCUCGGAAAACAUUAAUUUUUUUUUUUCCAGAAUUUGUUUUCCUUUUAGAAAAUGUGCAACACAAACGGCUCUAAAAUGUCACAUUGCCGUUAUUUUCCGUUACCCUUAAUGAAGGGGUGAAACCACUUGGUUAUUAUUUUUGAUUUUCAAACAACAACCCGUAUUAAAACUCCAUCUGGUUAUGGAAUUUGUAAUAUACAGGGUGAUCAAUAUCCAGCAGAAGACGCUCAUUGACUCGGAGGAAGUAGUGGAGAAUCAACUUAAAAGUGGAAUAUCUCGUCAACGGAUUGAGGGAAAUCAAAAACGUCAUCACCAAAAUGUAUUUAAAUUAAUACUCCACCUUUAUUUAUGGUAUCUUUAAUAUAGGUUGCGAUUUAAAAAUCAAAAGUAAGUCGUGGUUUUACGCCGCAAAAAUAAGGGUGACAAAAAAUGACAUAAGUGUGUAGCAUUUUAAAGCCACUUGUUUCUUUGGUUUUCUACAAAACAAAUUCGGGAAAAAAAGUUUAUAUUUUCCGAGAUAACGAGUGUCUAACGUGUUGUACGUCGAUCACUGUGUAUGCAUAACAUGUCGUCCGAAUUAAUGUACACUGCGACGCGUUUCCAUCUGGCGGUGGUCAUCUGGGCACAUAUGUAACGCACUUGCAGACGAAUCGAAUCUGUUCGUUGAAAAAUAUACGUUGAUUUUUUUUUGAUUGUAAAUAUCAGAAGAAUAUUUUCGUUGUAAUAUUUUCAGUGUCUAAAUGUGUAUGAAACGAAAAAAGAAAAGAAAUUUACGAAAUCUGUUCGUGUCUUUCGUCAACCUAUAAUAUGUACUCGACGGAUAAUAAUAAUUGUACAUUCGUACGAUUUAAUAUUAUCAUCGACGAUAAUUAUUGUAAUUUUCUGUUGACGGUGUGCGUAUGUACGCCAAUAAAAAAAAAAAUUGCGCAAUUUUCGGUUUUAUGCAAUCGCGGACGAACGAGCGAUGGUAUCUCCGCGCGACGUCCACACGCCGUAAUUCGGAGGGAAAGUACAGCGACGACGUUCGGUCAUCGCGUGUUGUACCCGGCUUAUAAAUUGUUUAUUAUAUUAUAUUAUGUGUAUCUAAAUUUGAUAUUUUUAUUGUUUUCUAAAGGUGAUAAAAAUUAGCAAAAAAAAUAAACUUCCUGAACUUACCUAGAUCAAAAUUAUUACGAUACCUGCAGAAAUAGUCUUCUUCUUUUUUUUUUUUCGAUUGGAGAAAACAUCGUUUAUGCUUCAACAACACAUACCUCAAAAUUCGGUAAAUGAGAUUUUUAUCGAUUUUAUAACAAAACGUAUAUGUUCGAAAUUGUUUUAUAAUUUGUUUAGUUAAGUUCGUGGUUACGUUGUAAGUUACGAAAAUGAUAAUAUCAUUUCUGUACAAAAUCUCGUAUCAACAUAACACAUGAAAUACAAUGUGAAGAAAAAAAAUACAUUGUUAGCGUGAAAUUGAUUAGAUAUUACCAGUAUUUAACUAGGCGAGAAUAAAUCUUUCAAAUAACGUUUUAGAUUCGGAACGUAUAGCGAGGAAUGUAUUGGUUUUACAAACUCUUCUACCGGAAAUCUUGCUCCGAUGUACCAAGUGUAGCACCUGGAAAUGUUAUCUACUUGAUACUUUAGGGAGGUAAUUGUUGAUUUUCCAAGUGGUUUUCAUAUUAAUUGGGAAAAACACGUGGAAAAAACUUCAAAAUGUACGUACAUGUAUAAAAAAAACUUGGCUCCUUGGCUAUUCAGUUUUUCGUUAGCAAUUAUUCAUCGUUGCGUACAGAUAUAAAUUGAAUUCUCUUCUAUAUCCCACCUUCCCAACUGCUCAUUUACAACAGUGGCCCACGUUAUCGGUGCGAAGAAUGUCGGUUUUUUUGCCAUGUACAACUACAAAAACUGGGACGGAUACGCAGUACCUAUAAUAAGCGACAAUAAGUCUUCGGGAUGAAAUCGGACAGAACAAAAACCACUUCGCUCUUCUCUGAACGCCGUACGAAAAAUGGUAAAAUUUUCCGGCUAUCGCCCAUUGUCUGCUGCGCAAUAUUUCGGAAAUUUAAUAUUUAUAAUGUAUUUUAUGUUUAACAUUGGGAUGGCGAUUCCGGUCGUAUACGCGUUUCCUCUCCGGAACGAUAAUCGGAAUAGAGGCGGUUGGACGCGCGUCGCCCGUAAUUUGACUCGGCGGUUCCCAAACACUUGCGGCGCCCCUUGGAAAAUAAUUUGUGUUUCGCGAAAACCGAACUAUAACUCGACCGGCAUUUUCCGACGGUCGGUUGAAAAGACACUGCGGCCACAAAGGAAAGUCGUCCAGAACCCUUGCGUUAGGAUCCGUUACGGCCCGUCGGAACGUCUUUCGCGCGGGCUAUACUCCAUCAAAGGGAGCGGCACGGAUAAGUGCAAAGAAUCGCGGACAAGUUUAGGGAACGCUUAGUCCCCUACACCGAAUCUGACGCAGCACAGCCUACCAGUUUGCGUAAGCCUGCUAAACGGCAGUCGGACGGCUGGAUCUCUAGACGAGUACCAGCGUCUUAGAUCGAACCGAGUGUUUCCUACGAGAGAGCACGCGACGCCGGCCGCGGGCGAUUAAUGAUCCAGAAACGGACGUGGGUGAUUAAUCGCCCGCGGGGUGGUUUUGGUGCGGCGGACAGUUGCGUUUGCGCGCAACGUCCGUCCGGGGGCAACUCCCAAAUCUCAAAGGCCCGUCGGAACGCGCUUUGGAAACCGCUGGCCGGCGAUAUCGAUUUGUAUGUGCUGUGGGUGGUGUGUAAUGUUGUUGCGGUUCACUCGCGGCCAAUACGAUCGAACUAAGAAACAAUAAUAUUAUCGUAACCGUCCGCGGGCGGACGGACAGGACGGAUGGAAACGGCGGUCGAACGCGAAUUGCGUAUUGUUCGCGCGUGCGGCCGUGAUAACGAAUAAGGCGAGAAACAUCACUUUGCCGCGCGUAAUUAUUACGGCCGGUACCCGCAGUGGGCCGACCGGGCGCGCGGCGUCGUUCCGUUCAGCAGUAGUCUUUCGACUGUUCGGUUUUAAACGGAUUGAAUUAAUAUUUACGCCGUAAAGUAACGUUACACGAUAAUAUAUACGAAAAAAACCGAGCACGCGCGCGAUUAUAUCGUCCGCGACGAUGGACGGUAGGCGGCGGCACCACUCGGAACAUUGAAAGAUCGAGCCAGUGGGCCGGUAACCGUGUGGAUAAGAAUAACGUUUUAGAAAAUGUACUGGUUGUUAUCGUUAUUGUCCCCGGGGUGAUAUUUAUUGUGUUUUGUGUACGUUGUUCAGUUGCGUCGGUGUCGCUGUGGGGAAAAAAAACGGUCAUUCUUACGGUAUCGGUAAAUCGUAAUAAUGUCAACGUGAAAAACAAACCCGAUCAUAUUAUGGGUGGGCAGGUGACGAGUCAGUGGAAAGGUAAACGGGAAAUUUAAUGUGCACAUGUACGCGGCGAUUAAUCAUGCUCGCUAACGAAAAACUGAGUUCGGUUGUACACGUUUUGAAAGGUCGUAAUAUUUACGAUUUGAAAAUAAUAAAUUUGGUAAAUUUCCUCGUUUUUCCUACGUUUAUUCACAUUCGUUAUGAAAAAUCCUGAAAAAAUAUAAAAUAAAAUUACCUCCCUAUAGUUUCACCCCCGGUCAAAUUUCCAUUUAGAAAAAGUGCUACAUUUGAAAAUCGGAACGAAAUUUCUGAUAGAAAAGUUGUUCACGGAAAAAAAAAUAAACAUCAUUGUAAAAUCAAUACAUCACUCGUUCCGCUCAGUAUUUAAAAUCAAACGUUUUUUAACGUUUCGUUGUGAGACAAACACGAAACCACAGACGACUGUUCAAACGCGAUUUUCUCCCGUUAGGUUGUAAUCCGAAAUAUUCGACGCGUCCGGAAGUACACGCGCGAACCGGUACACCAUCAGAGUAUUUGAGAGUUCAUCUCCGGCAAUCGAGAACUGGUAUAUACCUAGUUGCGAUUUCAUGCAAAUAAAUUAUCAAUCAUAAAUCGCGGUGUUUAGAGAAAAGAUAUUGUACCUAUUCAAUAAUAAUAAAAAAAAAAAAGUCGUUUUUAAUCUUAUGCUGCAAGUUAUGUAAUAAUAUAAAUAGCAAACAAUCGAUUUCAUCUUGUUUUCUUUCUUUUUUUUUUUUGUAACAGUUUUCACAUAUUGAUCCAUGAAAAUUUGAUGAUAACAAUACGACAAUACCGAUUAUGGUCGCUUGAAAUUAUGGAAAUGUUGAUUUUUUUUUCACCCGAACAAAUAAUUCUUGGAGGAAAAAACGCGAAUAAAAAUCGACAGGUUCGGUCUAUCCGGUUUCUGUAAUAGUAUUAUCGGAAACCCACCGACGACGUGUAGUCAACACAAUCGACACGACCGUUGUGCGCCGUCUGCUAUUUUAACGGGGACAUAAUAUUAUAGAAAUCAUUCGAUUCAAAUCUACACGCAAAGUGUUAUGUUGUCACACUAUACGAUAAUACAAAAUAACGGUUUAUCUGGCAACAGUACCUAUAUUAUAAUGACAAUGCAAGACCGUGUUCGCGUCCAUAUAUUGCCGUAUAAACAAACACCGGAAACUCGCCGUGUCGAAUAGCGGCGACUUUUUUUCGUCAUCGCGAUAUUAUUUUCAAGUAAUUUUACGGUUGGAAAUUGAUUUUAUUCCGGAAUAAUAUUAUUAUAAUGUUUGGCAGUAUACCGGGCGAUUCUUCUAUCGUUAAACACUCAUUAUCCCGGAAAGUAUUAAGUUUUCCCGGAAUCUGUUUUGUUGACAAUUUAAGAAACAAGUAGAACUAUUUGUUUCUUAAGUUUUCAAAACAAAAAUUUCAAAAACGGUCAAUAUUUUUUAAAAUAAUAAGCGUUUAACGAUAAAAAAAAAUCACCCGGUAUAGUAUUUACUGGACGUGUACAAAACGUCAAUAUAAUUAUAUUACAAGUCGAGCAGGUAAUCGCCUUUUAAACGUUAAUUGAGAAUUAUAAAGCUGCCGAUUUGUUAACACCGGGUUUCCGGUAUACCUGCAGCUACCCAUUUGACCGUUUUCUCUUUCUCCGAGCGGUCGAUUUCGCAUUAUAGGGAUCUGGAACACGAUAUAGAACGUGAACUCGACACCGAAAUUAUACAACGAAAUAGUAAAAACAAUAACGGCAUUGUCGGACUGCAGUUUUAAUUUGUACGCUAUAAAACGCGGUCUAAUUGAGUGUUUUUUUUUUUUAUUUCCAGAAUCAAAUACUCGACCGCGUGAAAUGCGACCACGUGACUGUUACGAAACCGGAAGAAGAUCGGCGGAGGCGAACGAUAAUCGUCGAAAAAAAGAACGGAAGUUAUGGCUUUAUGCUCCAGGUUGGUGAUCGGAUUACUAUUGGAUUAUCAAAAUAAAUUAUUUAGAUUUUUUAACGGGCGCAUUUCGUUUUCAAUCACGGGGGCAAAAUCUCAUCGGUUCUUACGUUUUUGUAUUUUUUUUUUUUUUUUUUUGUUUUUUUUUUUUUUUUAAAGAGUUACGGCAUUCAUUACAAAAAAGAACAGGAGAUCGAAAUGAUCACGUACGUGGACCACGUUGACUACGAUGGGCCGGCGUACCGAGCUGGGAUGAGAGAAGGUGCGUUAUUGGCUAUUUUUAGUGAUAUUAUUCCAGACGGAAAAAACGAUGUUCUACAUUUUCAACGCCCUUCUUGUAUUUUAUUUCAGGUGACGUGAUACUGUCGAUAAACGGCGUCGACAUGGAGAAAGCCGACCACAAGGCGUUGGUAAACUUUAUAAAAAGCUGUGAUUCCCGAAUGAGAAUGGUGGUGCUGUUCGAAGACUGCGUGAGAAAAGUAAGUACCCCGGAUUCUCUGGAGUAUCUUUGAUGCUCACGCGAGGAUUUUUAUCGCAGGUGGACUUGCACAUGCGGUACAUACAACUGCAGCGGACGCUCCAGGCCAAAGUCGAAGAGUUGGAGAAGGUGGAAAUCCGCGAGCGGGAGCUCAUGGAAGGAAAAUGGAAAACGCACAGUCUGCCAGCGAGAAAAAAAUCUAGUCAUUCUUCCAAGGACGCCACAAACACAAAAAUAUUGACUGAAAAUGGUAUACGGUGAUUUAUAUAUAAGUAUUACGGAAAUGACUAAUAACGACUGUUAAUAUUUCGAACAGUGAGUUGGCCACUGUUGUAGGUCAGAACUCGGAAAGGUAUAUAGGAAUUAUAAGAUAAUUUAGCGUGAAUAUAUUGAUGAGUCUGAAUGAAGCUGAUUGCCUUUGAUAAAAGCAGUUAAAAGAAAUCAGCUUCAUUAGAAGUAACUGGUUAAAACCUAAAUUCCAAUUUAAGAGUCUUUAGAGAUUUCCUCAUAUCUAUUCGCCUGUAUGUUCAAAUUUUACAAUUUACGUGCCAUUGGUUUAGUCUUGAAACUUAUGUAAUGAGUAUAUUGUCAUUUUUUAUAGUCAAUAUUUUUUAUUGUAAAAAAAAAAAAAAGUAUAAUUACUUAUGACAAAUAUUAUUAUAGGUGAAAGUUCUAUGUCCAGGCCUACACUGUCGACUGAGGACGUGGCCAAAGCGCAGCCGAUUUAUGUUCCCAAACAAAAUUUCAUGUUGGCGUAUCGGCCGCACCAUUUCAUCGACCAGCACGGACGUUCCUAUUACCUGCAUCAGCCAGCUACUGCCAUAAUAAAUGGAGAUUCGAGUUAUGUCGGUUGGCACAGCAGGUAAAUCGAUGAUUUCUUAAAAAAAAAAUAGUUUUCUAUAUAAAGGUACCGACUAGUUGUAUGCUCGUCGGGUUUGAAAUUCUGAAAGUGACUAGUACUAUAUCCGAAUGCUACAGUUCUUUAUAACGUAAAUCUUUUUCACAUUCGAAUUUUAAUGAAACCAAACGUUUUAACCAGUUUUAUUUUGUCUUAAGGGGCCCGGUGCCAGUUUGUCAAAUUUUCUCUAGUUUUUUAAAAAUUUAAAUUUAUUUUUAACAUUUCAAUUACCACCUUAAAAAUAGGACUUUUCCAACUGAUCUGCUAAUCGUUACUCGUUAAGGGCCGGGGCCGUUUUUACUGACGAAAAUGACUUCAUGUAAAUAGUGAUAAAUCAUUGUCCAUUAAAUAUUUAAACAAACAUUUUUUAAAUUUUGAGUUUAGUUUUUUUUAUUAUUAUUAUUUAUAAGUAAUAAAUUCCGAUUUCAAUAAAUGAAAACAAAUCUUAAAAUGUACUUUUUCUAUAGACUCAUUAUAAAUGUUGAAAAUAAAAUAUUGAAAACUGAGUUCAAUGUGCUCUGUAGACUGUUUCCCUCUUUAAGUUAAAAAAAAAUAAAUUUGGUUGAUUCUACUGAACACUAUCAAUAUUUGUGUAGGCAAAAUGACAUUGGCAAUCGGGCGCCUCAACAUUGAAACAAUCAUUAUUACGCACAGAUUACGUAAACUGACUUAUAAAUAGACUGACAAUAAUUUAUUGUACAUCAGUCGCACUCAUUUGAUAAAAGUGGACUGUAACGCCCGUUAUACUCUUGAUGUGCAUUUAAAACUUUAAAAAACUGGAUGCUUUAUGACAGUAAAUUUGCACUGUAGUCGUAAUUAUUUACAAAGAAUUAAUUAUAAGUAGGUAUGUGAGACGUGGAUCCGUUAACAAAUUUUCGGUUAAUAUGAUGUCGUACACUCCCAUGUGCAUCUUGUCUCAGUCUUACUUACACACGGCGUAGCAAAUUACGUUGCUUCGACUAUAAAUUUAGAUUGAAAUAAUUGGAAUUUAAUCAAAAAUAACAAAAUUUAACUAACUUUUUCGUAUCAUAAUUUAUGUAAUCUACAUAAUUUAUUUAGAAAAAUGUUCCGUAUAGCUCUCGAAAAAAUUCUCCAUUUUAAAUGUUGUUAUAUUUGUAUUUAAAUUCUGAUUUCAAUCUAAACGACGCAAUUUACGUUCUAUAAGUGUGUGCGGGAAAUAGCGUUACAGACAGACGAAUCUUUUUUGUUAAAAUAUACGAUUUCCGAAGACCUCUCACGUGGAGCGAAAAUCCUUAUGGUUUUCGAACCCAAUCGAAAUCUAAACGCACGUUGAUUUUCUUCUUCUUUCUCGAUAACUAUCAUUCAAAUAUUAUAUUAUUUACGUUACUAUUCGAUUUUUUUUUUUUUUUUAUUAUUUUUGCAUUUAGCAAUCGUCCGCACGGUGGCGGCGGGAGUACCAGCAAAAACUACGGCGAACAGCAAGAAAAUUGGACGCCGUCCGAUCAACCGGUCCAGCAGAGGAGGCGAUCGCAUUACGUGGUAGAAGUCAGCCGACGGUGCAGCACUUCGUCCGACGCGCCUAACCGUACGCCACAGCAACAGCCACAGCCGCAGCCGCAGGCGCAUUGUAAGCAGCACGGCGGUGGCGGUAACUUCACCAGCAGAGCUUCGCAGCGGUCUUCGUCGCAAGGUAAAGCAAAAAAAAAAACAAACAAACAAACAAAAACCCGUCGUUAUCCGGCCGCGCUCCUAUAUGUAAAGACGAGAAUCGGCGGCCGUCCACGCACAAAUGCACAAUGCGGGUGGCGUAUAACUCCGCGCACGAAAAUAUCUUAACGUUUUAAUACGGUGUCGUUUAUUUUUUUUUUUUUUAUAUAAAUAAUAGAUUUUAGACGCUUUGGACCUUGCUUUACUUACUGUUGUGUUGCGCGGUUGUGUACACAUCGUCGGUUUUCAACGGCACAUACUUUCGGUGUAAACUGUAUACGCUAUACACGUAUUGUUAUACUUGCGCGUACACAUUGCACCGCGUAAGCACAUCACUCGCUCUCCAGAACAUUAACUUUAAAAUAGUCCAGGCUGUCCCGACGAAAACCAAACUAUAAUUGUCGGCCAUAAUUAACGACAAAAAUAACCAUCUCGACAAAUAAUUGAGAAGUUUAAAACAUCAAUUGUUCAACUAACUAUAUCGUUAGAGUCACCGUUGCACCAACGCUUUCCCAGUGAUGUACUUACGCGCGGCUAUGGGUUCGUUCGCGCCACGGAGAACCGUACGUAUAGGGCGUUUUACGGGGCUGGCGGUGUUAUCGAGAACCUGGCAUACCGAAAGUCGUCGAAUACAAAACCGUACACAAUGUGUACCGAAUGUAAACCGGUAUACCGUUAAUAUACCGCGGUAACGGUAUAUGGGGUCCAUCGUGUACCACCAGCCCUAUCGGUAUAAAUAGAAUGUCGUUUGCGCGUUCUACGCCCCCACAUUUUUGUGUUGUUUGUUGUUUCCUGUAUAAUGCUUUCCGGUGUAGGCGAUAACUGUCCGCGAUGGGGUUGCAUACGCACCGGCGGCGGCGGCGGUGGCGGCGGGGCCGGUCGUCGGCGGCGGCGACGAAACGGCAGCCGUGGCCGGGACGACGGGGACGACCGCGGCGACGACGGGGACGACGACGACGGCGGUGGCAAUGACGAGGACGACGUUAGCCUAGAAGCGUACGAUAUGGCCGCUAACGGCGGCGGCGGUGGUGGAGCUUGCUGUCCGGGCACGCAGUGCGUGCCCACACGGAGACAUCACCGGCGCAGGCGCAAAUCGGUGCACGGCGGAGGCAACCGCGACAAAAGUCCAGGCAAGCGAUCGUCAUGGCCCUCUCCACCCCGACCAUCACGAUCAUCGUCAUCAUCUCGCUGCUGGCCGUCGUGUUGCUGCUGCUUGUUGUUUUAGCACAUCAUUUUAUUAUUAUUUUAUACUUAGGCGCCGCCGUGGCCUUUUUGUUUUAUGAUUUUUAAAUAUUUACUCGGUUUUUUUUUUUUUUUUACUUUAUCCUCCGGUCACUAGUUAUAUUUUUUUAUCGCGUGUGCAUGCGUAUUUGUAUUUUAUUAUUUUUUUGCCAUUAUUUUAUCGUUUUACUAUACUUUUAGUGAAAUUUUAUCAGUUAUCACUGCUGACAGAUGAAAUUGCAAAAAGAAAAAAAUGAUAAUCUUAUCACGCACAAAGCAAUUUGUUCUAUCUUUGUUAUACAUUUUACGCCGUUGUUGUUUUUAUUUUUAGUUUGUUUUUUUUUAUUAUUUAUUUAUACACACACACACACACACACACAAAAGACUGGUAGACUGUUUUUUUUUUUUUUUUUUUUUUAAUUAUGAGUAUAUGUAUUGUAUAAACUACAAAAAAUAAUAAUAAAACCGAAUUAUUUCACUUGUUGCCAUUUCGUCGCCACGACCAUCGCGAUACUUACCUCGAUGAAACACCAAACGGUUUUUUUUUUUUUAUUAUUUGUAAAUAUAAUUUCCAUCCGAUUAACGUCGCAAUAUAUUAAAUUUGUAUUUUGUAUUGUUCUUUUAUCACUUUUUGGGGGGAAAAAUCAUUAUCAAAAGCAUGUGUUGUUUUACUCUAUUAGUUAAAUCUAUUGCACGCCAGUAGAAAAUAAAACACUGUGAUCUUCAUUUCAAUUAUUAUUGUCAUAAGUAUUCUAUGAGCCCGCUCGUAUACCAUUAACCAUUGGGCUCGUUGAGAAUUUUGAAAAUGUGAGCACAUCCCAGGCCCGGAACUCGGUGAACCGAACACAUUGAUUAUAGAAUUUACCGAAACAAAAAAAAAAAAAAAAAAAACUCCCGUGAGCAGCAGUGCCCCGUCACUAGAAUCGAAUUUGGAGUAAAAUAGUGAAAUUUGAACGUUUAGAGACAAUAACUGGACAAUUUAAUUCGCGGUGAGGACCGUUAUCGGUCCGUUUCGAGGACUUUUUUAUCCGGUUGGAAAAUACAUGUUUUUUUUUUUUUUUCAAUACGGAUUGAAAUAUCACCUUCGGAUUAAAUUGUUUUCGGGAAUAUUUUGAUUACGGUUUUAGUGGGAAGUUGACAAUUUGAUUAGGUGGGAAUUUUUUGUUCUGCCAAAUCAAAAUUUCACCUUACUUUUAGGAAUAUAUUAGUAUUUAUAUUAUGUUGCGAGAUGUUUUUUGACCGUAAUAUAAAUAACGCCCGUGAAAAAUUAGCCAAAAAUGGAUAAACGGUGAAAUAAAAGUUUAAUUUUUGAAGUAAGUUGAUGUAUGAUAGGUGCUAAUUUAAUAUCAUGAAGACAAUGCUAUUUCUUGAAAUAACAUAAUAAUUUUAAUUACCUAAUUUUAGUUUAAAAAUUCAUAAAAAUACAAUAGUUUACCAUUAUGUACAUGUAGAAACAAGCAACGUUAGAGCGAAAAAAAAUAAAAAAUAAAUACUAAACGCAUCAAGUUCCGGGCCUUACUCACUAGCGAGCUUCCAAUUUUCGCAUAAAAAAAAAAUAUUUCAAAGGCACCCGAAUUAUGUAGUUUACUCUAUCGCCCAACACCCCCACAAACAGUCCUCACUGGACAGUAAGUGAUGUUUAUAAUAUUCUAGCAAUCGGAUGUGCGUUAUGUGUGUUCACAGAGUGCACGUCGGAGAGUUCACAUUGCCGGAAAGGACACGAGAAACGCCGGAACUCGUCUUCCGCCCGGAACAACGACUUGGACCAACAGCAGCAAUCUGUAACAGCGUCAGGUUGUCCCGGUAACCACGCUUACGCGAACCUGGUAAACGACCGAUACACUUCAGACGAACGGAUAUGCCAGAGCUCGUCAACCGGAGUGGGUCGACACCAGACCAGCCUGACCGAGAACAGUCCGGUGUCGUACACGACUUCCCUAAGCACGGACACGUUGUACUGGGACGACGACCCGAUGACGGCCACGGGCGGUGGCGGCCAACCUGCGUCCCGCCAGCAUUCGGUCAAGUCGCAGUCGUCUUCGACGUACCGGCGCGACAACUGCGCAGUGAAACCGGUCAAGUCGUGGGACAACUUGACCACGAAAGCGUUCGGCGGUUACGGUUUCGGUUACGAGUACUUGGAUCGCGAUCACCACGCGGUGAACAACAACAACAACAACAGCGGCGGUGGUGGUGGUCAGCACAUGGUUUAUCUGCAACUGAAAAACGUUAAGUCGGGCGGCCAGAAACAACACGGCCACCAUCACCACCACCACCAUCAUCACCAUCAACCGCAGCAAUCACAGCAACAACAACAUCAACACCACAACAACCAUCACCACCAACACCAUCACCAUAUGCACAACUCCGGCGGCCGUAUACGUCACCCCACCAAGUCCACGGAAGCGCUGCUCUCGCUUCCGCCACAGUAUCCGAUAGCCAGCGGCCCUACCGUCGAAUCAUCGGCCAGCUGCGAGUACUUGGACGCGUGUUCGUCGUCCGGCAGCGGUUACUUCGGCAUUUACUCCGGCAAAGACAAAGCCAGUCAGACGGACUACCGGAGGUAUCAACACCAACAACAGCAGCAGCACCAACAGCAGCCCGAAGUAACGAGACUCUGAUAACGACGGCGCAUAGAAGCUUGAACUUAGGAAUAUUUUAUUUUGAUUUUAUUUUUUUUUUUUUUUUUUAAUUAUUCGCCGACUAUAUACAAUAAGUCGUUUCUCGUACUUACCCGUUUAUGUGUAAUAAUAAUAUAUCGUUAGAGUUGGACGUUUUCGUUUAUAGAACGCCUACCUCGAUAUGUUCCCUCCGAUCAUUACCCGGGAGCGCGAAGAUAUUGUGUCGUUGCGUUUUCAUCGCCUCUCAUCCGGGAAUCAUCCCCCUCCCCCCGACACGAUAAAUGUAAAACGUUUUAGCUUUAGUCUUUUAGUGUUUUCAUCGGACGAUUUCGGGAAUGCUCGUCGAAAACGUGCACGGUACGUCGGUGCUUUCUCCUGUCCGCGAACGAGCGAUCCCUACUCCAGGUAAAACGCCGACUCCGUCCGACUCCUCUCUGGCGACGAGCAAUUCGAUUAUUUCGUGAUUUUUACCAAUGCCGUUCGAAACUAUAUCGGACGAUUAUCGAGCACUGCCCACGGUCCAAAAACGAUCGACCGUCUUACUAAUAUUAUAAUGCUAAUUGUUCAUUGCCCGUAUAAACUGUGUGAGAAAAAAAAAAUACCGAAAAUACAUCUUAGAUUACGCGACGUCUGUUAUAAUGCGUCCAGUGGAGGCCAAAAAAAAAAUUAUAAUAAUUUAUAAUUGAUGGCGUGAUAAUUUACCGAUUUGGCGUAAUUAUUUGGAAAGUCAUUUUUUUUUUUUUUUUUUUUAUAUGAAACUAAAAAUGUGCGUAAAAAAAUAUUAUAAAAAAAAAAAAUGAAUUAACAAAACGAAUCCCCUCCUCCACCAUAUAAUCCGGGGUUUUCGGGGACUAUACAAAGAACAUGCCUAUAGGUAAUAUCAAUCAUUUCUCCGGAGAACUGCGCUCACGUAUUAUAAUACGACGUUCUACAUUUUACUCAUUUUCACGGUACAGAAAAUACACUCGCUCACAAAUAUAUAAUAAAUACGCUACGUCUCUUCGUUUCGUUGAUAAAUGUCUUGGCGUUAUAGGGGAAUAAAACUUCUUUCAGAAAGAUUUUCCAUGAAAAAUUCAAUAUUAUUUUCGGAUAUUAAAAAAACGCCUCUCGAUGUAUCGAGUAGAUAAAACGAUUUUACGAAUUCUCUACCAGACUUGUAUCCGUUGAAAGUCGUCUACCGAAUCUCCUCAGUGCUCACUAUAAUCUAUUCUGAUUAGGUACUUAAAUUAUUUUUUAUUUUUUAAAUUACUAGUUCAAAUUGUACAAAUAGCUUUUUAAAUGUAUUUUAUGUCGAUAUCGAAUAAUAAUUUAUUACUCUCCAAAAUGUGUAUUUUAGUAUUUAUGAUGCGUGCUAUAGUUUUUUUUCUAACCGAAACAUGUUUUUUUUUUGGGGGGCUAUGUUUUGUACACAAAUUCACAUUGUAUUCAAAAAUAAUUAUUGUUUAUAUAGGUAUUCUAUGUUACUAGUCGUCAUUAAAUAUUAAUUAUUUUUUAUUGUUAGUAUUGUGUUAUUAUUGAAUUUUAAUAUCGAUAUGUUUUGUGUAUGCCUUUAAUCGGUCGUUAUGAUCAAUUGACAAUUAUUAUGAUUACAUUUUUAAUAGUACGUAUUUUUGGGGAAAUAAUAGCAGUUUUCUGUGUUCACUUUAUAUAAUUCCGAUUAAAAUAAGAAAUUCGGGGGGGGGCGGGGUUGCAACAAAAAAUAUUGUAUCAUCUUUGUCCUUUGUAUUGCUAUGUAUUAUUUAUAAUUUAAAAACAAUUUAUAUUCCGGAUGGGGUUUACACCCACUCCCCUCUGCAUUUGCAUUGGAAGGUCUUGUUAAGAUUUUACUGAUUUUAGUAUAAGAAAUAAGGUUAUAGAGAUAUACUGCACAGCUUCUUAAUAAUAUGCUCUUGAUCAGUAUUUCCUAACCUAUGGUUUGCGAAAUAUUUUUGAUGAGGGACGAUGAAAGAAAAAUAGUUUUAUUGUAACAUAAUUAAAUGGAAAAAAUAAAAAAUAUUAGUAAGAAUAAUAAGAAAACAAGAAAAAUAAAUUCAAAGACUUUUAUUAUUUUAUUACGAUUGUGGGAAAUUUCGUGUCUUAUCGGGUCAAUGCACUAAUCGCUAAUAAAGCUCAUGACGUGUAUCAUCGGUGUCAUCGCGUGAAAUUCUGCUAGAAAAUAUGUCGUCUGCGUGUCGCCCAAAAGAAUCGAUGUAGUUCGUAUAACGUUGUAAGUUAAAGAAAAUAAAUAAAAAUCAUCAUAGAUAAUAGAAAUAGCGCAAUAGUGUUAAAUAAACACAAUAACAAAAAAAAAAAAGUAUUCGUCCUUUUGGUCCUCAUACUGACGACUCCUAGAUUAGCUUAAAAUAAAUAACUUAAACGGCUGAUAAUGAGUAUAGACAACAGUAAAUCACUGUGAACAAACUACGAUUCCUAAAGUGUGGAGCUGGCAGAUUACUUUCCGGCAGUAUUUUAUGCAUACUCUUUUUAAUGUGAGUCGCAUACCCGAAAAAGAAUAAAUGUGUGGGUCGCCUUAACAAAAUGAUUGGGGACCACUGCUCUUAAUGAUUAUUUUUGGGUAGCAAUUUGCGUGAGUAUUUAUGGCAGCCAUUUACCGACUCACUAUCUGUACAUACAUCUAUAUAAUUGAAGAUUUUGACUGUUUAUCCACGGAAAAAUCUUAGAAACGGCUGAACUAAUUUGCACAGGUAGAUAGAGGACUGUGUAAGGAAUAAACUAGAGUAUCUUUUAUCCCGGAAAUGUUUGUUUCCUGCCUACAAAUUAAAAGAACUGUAGUUCGGGAUAUAUUAGCCGCAAAGUAUCGAUAAUAUUCACGCGGUGCAGGUAAUGAAUUAUACAAUCUAAUGCAUAGAUAUAAUCAUUAAUCACACAAAAAUAUACGUACAGGCGAAGCCAAGUAAUUCAAUUAGGUUUGACCAUGAUUACUUAGCCACGACAAUAAUGUUACAGUAUCGUUUACGAUAAGAAAGCAAUUAUUAUUUAUUUGGAGA